AGUUAAGAGAGCAAUAUUGGGUGAAUAUACACCAAUACCAGAAACAUCUGAAAUAAAGCAGUAGAGCUGCAGAAACUGGUGCCAACUAGUAACUGUUGCAGAAGAACUUCGAUAGCUAUAGCGUAAUGGUUUUGAUAGCCAUUGGUCCACCUAACCUACUCUUCCAGUACUCCAGAUGUGGUCUUGCUAAGGCCAGAAAUGGCUUUAUUGUUAUCUCUUUGGCCUUGUAAGACACUGGAUUGGCGGUACCUCUGAAGAUGUCAGACUCAGACAGUGAUGAGGAUCACGAACAGCCAUUCUCUCUCACUGGCUUUCUGUUUGGAAAUAUCAAUGAGGAUGGACAGUUGGAGGAUGAUAGUGUUCUUGACAAGGAGUCAAAAAAGCACCUGGAUGGCUUGGGGACACUAGGUCUCGGGACCCUCAUCAAAGAAAUUACAGCCAAUGAGGAUGAUGCAAUAGAGUCCGAUGAAAGGAGCAGCAAUGCAGAGGGUUGGAUUCAGAGUAAAGAUGAUGCCAUCGAUUACUCAGAUAUCAAUGAGGUAGCAGAAGAUGAGACCCGCAGGUAUCGUCAGGUGAUGGAAAAUCUUCAACCACUAAGGAAACUGGAAGACAAUGACGAUGAUGACUAUGAUGCAGACAGUGAAGAUGUGGACUCAAAGCUCAUGCCUCCCCCCCCACCACCACCGCCACUAAAUAAGGAAGAGGCAGCUUCACAGGAAUUAAUUGCAAAUGGAGUAAACUCAGCAGUGCUUAAUUCCAGCACUACUGGAGGAUCUCGCGCUGCUGAUGCCCUUUUCCCUCGUUCAGUCACUGAUGAAAAUGAUGGGAUCAUUUUACCUUCUAUAAUUGCUCCUUCAUCCUGCUCAGAGAAGGUUGAAUUUAGCAGUUCUUCUGAUUCAGAGUCUGAAACUGACCGGCACACUCCACGAUCAAGGCAGAAUGAAUCUCAGAAGGAGGAUAAACUCACAUUGCCGCUGGCAGGUAUCAUGCAGCGAGAUUCAACCAAACAAUUACCCAAUGUUACUGAACUUUUCCCAGAAUUUCGACCAGGACAGGUGUUACGCUUUUUGCGUCUCUUUGGACCCGGAAAGAAUAUCCCUUCAGUUUGGCGAAGUGCUAGGAGGAAAAGAAAAAAGAAGCACCGGGACCCACAACCUGAAGCUCCCACACAAGAAGGAGAGGGAGAAGAAACAGUCAAGGAACAAAAGUCUGGCUGGGAGUAUCAUUAUGCUGCACCCCCACCACCUGAACAGUGCCUCUCUGAUGAUGAGAUUACAAUGAUGGCUCCUGUGGAGUCCAAGUUCUCUCAAUCCACUGGUGAUACAGAUAAUAUAAUGGACAUGAGACCGAAAGUUGCGGAAUGGCGCUACGGACCUGCACAGCUUUGGUAUGAUAUGCUCGGGGUGCCAGAGGAUGGUGAAGGAUUUGAUUACGGUUUCAAACUUAAGGAAGCAAUGGAAGAAGAGCAGAUGCUGGAGGAAGAAGUAACCUGCCUGGUAGAGGUACAGGAGCCAUCUGAGGAGGUGGAAAGAUCAGCUGAUGAGAAGGAGCUGCAGAGUGAAAUGGAGGCUCUUCUUGAUGAGCACUUCCUCAUGGUCACUCAGCUGCCCUGGGAAGAGGACAUUAUUUGGAAUGGAGAGGAUGUCAAACAUAAGACCACAAAAUCCCAGCGAGCCAGCCUGGCAGGGUGGUUGCCAUCCAGCAUGACUCGAAAUGCCACAGCGUACAAUGCACAACAAGGGCUCAACCGUGGCACUUCUUGGUUGUCGAAUCCUGUGCCUCCCACAUCAGUUCAGAAAACCACAAUGCCAGGUCCUCCAAUCCCAGCCAAAGGGAAGGACAAACAUGCACCAGAACAGCACGCUUCCCAAGAAGAUGAUAAAACUUGGUACUCCAUCUUCCCUAUUGAUAAUGAAGAACUGGUGUAUGGAAGGUGGGAAGAUAACAUCAUUUGGGAUGACCAAGCCAUGGACAAAAUUCUGGAACCGCCUGUGUUGACUCUUGACCCGAAUGAUGAAAAUAUAAUUCUUGAAAUUCCUGAUGAGAAAGAGGAGAUGACAUCUAACUCUCCUUCCAAGGAGAAUAAAAAAGAAUCAUCAGCUCGCAAGAGUCGCAUCCUGUUGGGAAAAACUGGUGUCAUCAAAGAUGAGCCACAACAGAACAUGUCACAGCCGGAGGUAAAGGACCCCUGGAAUCUUUCAAAUGAUGAAUUUUACUACCCCAAACAGCAAGGACUGCGAGGGACAUUUGGAGGCAAUAUUAUCCAGCACUCUAUUCCUGCUGUGGAACUGCGGCAGCCAUUUUUCCCAACUCAUAUGGGCCCAAUGAAACUCCGGCAAUCCCACCGGCCAACACUGAAGAAGUAUUCUUUUGGAGCUUUGUCACAACCAGGACCUCAUUCUGUAUACCCACUGCUGAAACAUAUCAAAAAAAAAGCCAAGAUGCGUGAACAAGAGCGUCAAGCCUCCGGUGGUGGUGAAAUGUUCUUCAUGCGAACUCCUCAGGAUCUGACAGGCAAAGAUGGUGACCUCAUUCUUGCCGAGUACAGUGAAGAAUAUCCACCACUUAUGAUGCAAGUCGGCAUGGCAACCAAAAUUAAAAACUAUUACAAGCGGAAACCAGGCAAGGAUCCAGGUGCACCAGACUGUAAAUAUGGUGAGACAGUUUAUUGCCACACAUCUCCAUUCCUUGGAUCCUUACACCCAGGCCAGUUAUUGCAGGCAUUUGAAAACAAUCUCUUUCGCUGUCCAAUAUACCUACACAAGAUGCCAGAAACUGAUUUUCUGAUUAUCCGAACUCGCCAAGGAUACCAUGUUAGAGAAUUGGUUGAUAUUUUUGUUGUAGGCCAACAAUGCCCACUCUAUGAAGUGCCUGGACCAAACUCAAAGCGUGCAAACACACAUGUGCGGGACUUCCUUCAGGUGUUUAUUUAUCGCCUUUUCUGGAAAAGUAAGGAUCGCCCACGUCGAAUCCGCAUGGAGGACAUAAAGAAGGCAUUUCCCUCCCACUCUGAGAGCAGCAUCAGGAAACGAUUAAAACUGUGUGCAGAUUUUAAACGAACAGGAAUGGAUUCAAACUGGUGGGUACUGAAACCAGACUUCCGAUUACCCACAGAGGAAGAGAUUCGAGCCAUGGUCUCUCCAGAGCAGUGCUGUGCAUAUUACAGUAUGUUAGCAGCAGAGCAGCGGUUAAAGGAUGCUGGGUAUGGUGAAAAAUCAUUCUUUGCACCAGAGGAGGAGAAUGAAGAAGAAUUUCAGAUGAAGAUUGAUGAUGAGGUCAGAACCGCACCCUGGAAUACUACACGAGCAUUCAUCGCUGCAAUGAAGGGUAAAUGUCUGCUAGAAGUUACUGGGGUUGCUGAUCCUACUGGCUGUGGUGAAGGGUUUUCCUAUGUCAAGGUUCCCAACAAGCCACAGCAGCAAAAGGAUGACAACCAGCCUCAACCUGUGAAGAAGACAGUAACAGGAACAGAUGCUGACUUACGACGUCUAUCUCUGAAAAAUGCCAAACAGCUCCUUCGGAAGUUUGGAGUACCAGAGGAAGAGAUUAAAAAGCUUUCUCGAUGGGAAGUUAUUGAUGUUGUGAGAACGAUGUCAACAGAGCAGGCCAGGUCUGGAGAUACUCCCAUGAGUAAAUUUGCCCGUGGUUCACGUUUUUCAGUUGCUGAACAUCAGGAGAGAUAUAAGGAAGAGUGUCAGCGAAUCUUUGACCUUCAGAACAAAGUCCUGUCUUCAACAGAAGUUCUCUCUACAGACACAGACAGCAGCUCAGCAGAAGACAGUGAUUUUGAGGAAAUGGGAAAAAAUAUUGAAAACAUGUUACAGAAUAAGAAAACAAGCUCGCAACUUUCACGUGAGCGUGAGGAGCAGGAGCGCAAGGAACUCCAGAGGAUGUUGAUGGGAGAGGAAAUUGGGAAUGAUAAGGACCGCGACAAAAAGGAGAAGAAAGACAGGAAAGGUUCAUCUUGCAGCACUCCUACACCUGGAGUGUUUCACAAAGAUGAUGACACAGCCUCUGUUACCAGCCUUAACUCCUCAGCAACAGGACGACGACUUAAAAUUUAUCGCACAUUCCGAGACGAAGAUGGAAAGGAGUAUGUGAGAUGUGAGACUGUCAGAAAAGCUGCAGUAAUCGAUGCAUAUGUUAGAAUACGGACAACAAAAGAUGAAGACUUUAUCCGUAAAUUUGCUCUAUUUGAUGAGCAACACCGUGAGGAAAUGCGACGAGAAAGACGAAGAAUUCAGGAGCAACUUCGGCGACUGAAACGGAAUCAGGAAAAGGAGAAAUUGAAAGGACCACCAGAGAAAAAACCCAAAAAGGUCAAAGAAAGGCCUGACCUGAAGCUAAAAUGUGGUGCCUGUGGUGCCAUUGGCCACAUGAGGACCAAUAAGUUUUGUCCUCUGUAUUACCAAACAAAUGCUCCACCAAGUAACCCAGUUGCGAUGACAGAGGAACAGGAAGAGGAGCUUGAAAAGACUGUAAUACCCAAUGACAACGAAGAACUUAUUAAAGUAGAAGGAACCAAAAUUGUGUUGGGCAAACAGCUGAUUGAGAGUGCAGAUGAAGUGCGCAGGAAAUCUUUGGUCCUCAAAUUCCCCAAACAGCAGCUUCCUCCGAAACGCCGUAGACGAGUGGGAACUACUGUCCACUGUGAUUAUCUAAACAGACCUCACAAGUCCAUUCAUAGACGACGGACGGACCCGAUGGUCACCCUAUCAUCCAUUUUAGAAGGAAUCAUCAAUGACAUGCGAGACCUAGCAAACACUUAUCCAUUCCACACACCAGUUAACGCAAAGGUUGUGAAGGAUUAUUAUAAAAUUAUCACUAAACCAAUGGACUUGCAGACCUUGAGAGAGAAUGUCCGCAAACGGAUGUGCCAUUCACGAGAAGAAUUUCGAGAGCAAGUGGAACUUAUUGUAAAAAACUGUGCCACAUACAAUGGUACGAAGCAUCCUCUGACCCAAAUUGCUCAAGGUAUGGUGGAACUCUGUGACAUGAAGUUCAAAGAGAAAGAAGAUAAACUGGUCCGUCUGGAGAAAGCCAUUAAUCCUCUUCUGGAUGAUGAUGAUCAAGUUGCCUUCUCCUUUAUACUGGAUAACAUUGUCACUCAAAAGAUGAUGGCUGUGCCAGAUUCCUGGCCCUUCCAUCAUCCUGUUAAUAAAAAGUUUGUUCCUGAUUAUUACAAAGUGAUCACAAAUCCCAUGGACCUUGAAACAGUGCGAAAGAAUAUUUCCAAGCAUAAGUACCAUAAUCGUGAUGUAUUCCUGCAGGAUGUGGAACUUAUUCUCUCCAACAGUAUCAAGUAUAAUGGCACAGAUAGUCUAUACACAAAAACUGGUCAGGAGAUCGUGAAUGUCUGUCACCAAACUCUGGCUGAGUAUGAUGAACAUUUGACUCAGUUGGAAAAAGAUAUUGCAUCUGCCAAGGAGGCUGCUCUUGAUGCUGCAGAGUUUGACAGUCUUGAUCCCCUGACUCCAGGGCCUCAUACUCCUCAGCCACCAGAAUUCGAAGAUGGAAACAUGUCACUUAUUACAUCUCGGGACCUUUCUUUGUUUCAUGAGGAAGGUAGUAUGUCUGCCAGUGUCACCCCAACAACAACACCAGAGAAAAUGCACCAUAGGUUGGCUCAGGGUCAUUGCCGUGAGGGUCGUAUAAGGACAGGUGAGGAGGAAUCUGAUGUGGAUGUGGAGGGUUUUGAGGAAGAUGAUGAUGGUAAACCGAAGACACCUGCCCCAGCAAGUGAUUUUUACCAUGCUCUGCAUGAAGCAACUGAAGGAGAGUGUGAAAUGGAAGAUGAGGAUGAGAUCAAUGUACCACAGCGUCAGGCGAGUGUGUUGUAUGAAGACUUGCUGAUGUCAGAUGGGGAAGAUGAGGAUCACAGUGAAGAGGAAGAAGGAGACAAUCCAUUUUCCUCUAUUCAGCUCAGUGAGAGCGGAAGUGACUCUGAUGUUGAAACGACUGCCAUCCGACCAAAAAAGCCUCAUCUGAUACCUGAGAAUACACGCAUGGGAAUGGAGAAUGAGGAGAGUAUGAUGUCCUAUGAGGGAGAUGGUGGUGAGACCUCUCAGAUCAUGGAGGACAGUAAUGUAAGCUAUGAGAGCUAUGAAGAAACUGAGCUCAAGUCAAAUACUCGUGAUACAACUUUUAGCAGUGGAGGAUGUGACUAUGAGCUGUCAGAGGAGGAAGAAGAUGAAGAACAGAGGCAUGGGCCAAGUGUUCUUAAUGAGGUACAACUGAGUGAAGAUGAGGAAGACAGCGAGGAAUUCCACUCCAUUGAAGGGGACAGUGAUAUAGACUCAGAUAUAGAAACCUGAACACAUUGUGAUAUAGAAUUAGAUAUAUAGAUGACCAUAACAAUCUGUUGUGAUUGGAAAGACAGGGAGGAAUCAACCCUGGUCUUGAUAAUCACUGAGAUGGUGGUAGAUUUCAUUGACUGAUGCUACUGUGACAUCACAGCGCUUCACAUUGGAUUAUUUGAGCAUAGCAUAAGUAAUUAUUUGCUGUAUUGCCACAAUAUGCUUUUAUGGUUGUGUAGAUGGAUAAUAAUCCUGUACAAAAAUUGAGAGUAAAUGCAAAGCCCAGUAACAAACUUCAGAGCCAAAUACAUUAGAUUCUGUAUAUAAGGCUGUUCCUUGAAGCUGCACAAAGACUGUGUAAAAAAAAGUUUGUGAAUUUGUGUUUUUUUGUUCAUAAGGUACUCAUAAAGACUGUUCACUGGUGCAUCAUAGACUUUAAUAUUACAGUUUUAAAAAGCUGCUCUGAACAGGUACAAAAACAAAUAUUAAUCCUGUUACUUCUCCAGGAAAGGUUUUAUUUUUGAAGAGGCAUGGACCCCAAGUAGUGAGUGAUCCUGCUCCUUAUUAUUUUAUUGUCUGCAGCUUUCUGCAUAAUUGCAGCUUUUGUUUUUUAAUUGCUCUGGCAGUUUAGAUCAUCUGAUUUUUAAAAUAAAUUGUCACAACAUCUUGCUAAAAAAACAUGAUAACUGAACAAAGCUUUGCUGAGCUCUGAGCGAUGAACCAGUGGAUGAAUUAAUAUUCACACCUAUUACGGAAGGAUGCAUAGUUGUCUGCCCAAUUUUAUAUUAAUUAUUAACGAACAGCAAGAAAGUGGAAAGUGAACGAAAAUGGAACAAUAAUGAGGAGACAAAAAAGUGAACCUCCAGCUCCCAAGUUCAAGAUAUCAUCAAGUGUUGGAAGAUGGAAGGAAGAAAGUACUUAAAACCAUUAGUAUAUGCUCUGGAGAUGUACCAUCAUAAAUAACAAAGUAUUUUCUGUCUAUUUGUACUAGUCUUGUAUAGAUGACUCUUAUCUGAGCUUUGAAUUUUGAUAUUUGUCUUCUGAGAAUGUGUAGAUCCUUGUAAAAAUAUGACCUUAAUUUGAUUUCUGUUUCUGUAUCAUGAUAACACCCCAAUGGUUUAUGCCCUUGUAAGCUUACCAACUAGGUGGCUCCAUCAUCUUUCCCAAUCUAUACUUAGCUGAUUUCAAUACCAUGAGUGAGGAAUUCCUGGUCCUGAUCUCAAAACAGUGACACUCACUGGAAACCACGUGUGUAGCCAGUUGGUGAGAACUGGCUUGACUAUGAUGGUCUGUGCAGUCAAAUAUACUGCUCGCAUUUACUGUCUGUACUUACUAUGAAGAACUGCAACUUGGUUAAACACUGGAGUUUAGUUGGUACCCAUAAAAUUGAUCAGUGUCUUUGGGUGGUGGGGGAUAAUUAUGGCCAAAAAAAAAUCAUGAUUAGUGUUAUGAUGAUUAUGAUCAGAUAAAAGAAUUGCCUGUCACAUUUUGUGAUGUGUGUGUUGCAAUUUUGUAACAUUUUACGUCAGUUGUAAAUGACCAACUAAAACUACUGUUUGAAAUGCCGUCUUGUUUAAAAUGUCAGGAUUUAGAAAACCAAAAUUUUACACCUAAAUUGCCGGAAAACUGUUAGUCCAUCCUAUAUAUAGUGAAAAUUGUUGUAAAUCUCAGGUAAAGGUAAUACUGUUGCAGUGUUCGUUGCUCUUAGAUUUUAUUUCUACCUUUCAGAAGCAAAUGACACAUACUAGAUGCCUAAAAUCUAUAUACAAAUGGUUUUUAUUGGGGAGCUGAUUUUUCCAGUUUCAAAGCUGUUCCUCAGGCGUUGUUCUGUACAGAUUUUGGGAUUCAUCAAUUAAUAAAUAUUGCAACUGAA